AAAGAACCACAAUCCGCAUCCCACCCUGCAUCCAAACUCCAAACGAUCAAAAUCAAAACCCGUCUCGUCUGUUUUUCUCCUAAUUUUCUCUCUCCUCCAUUUCUCUCCAAAUUUUUCAUUCCUUCUCCUUCACUCAUCACUCUUCAACGCAAUUUUGAUCUUCAUCACUCCAAAUCCAGUGCGAUCUGCAAGCAACAGCAGCAUUCAUCAAUGGCGAGGGCAAGCACUGGCCCCGCUUACCCCGAGCGCUUCUACGCGGCCGCUUCUUACGUUGGUUUCGCCGGAUCUCCUGAUUCUUCUUCCUCAAACGCCGUCGUUUCUAAGUUCAACAAUGAAGCUGCUCUUCUACUCUAUGCUCUCUAUCAACAGGCUACUGUUGGAUCGUGUAACAUUCCGAAGCCAAGUGCUUGGAAUCCUGUUGAACAAAGCAAAUGGAAAAGUUGGAGUGGCCUAGGAAACAUGGCGCCUGCUGAAGCUAUGCGCUUAUUUGUGAAGAUUUUAGAGGAAGAGGACCCAGGAUGGUAUUCAAGAGCUGAUGUGGUGUCAGAUGCAGUUGUUGACGUGCAAAUGAAUCAAAAUCCGAAGAGUGAGGUAGUUGUCGAGAAUGGCCAUGCUUUUCCGGAGACAAAGGCAGUUUCCGCUGAAAAUGGAGUAUCAAUGGAAUCUCAGGAUAAGGAUGUUGUCUCUGAAGGUCUUGGUUCAAUUAGUGUCUAUGACCAAUGGGUUGCACCUCCAGUUUCUGGUCUACAGCCUAAACCUCGAUAUGAGCAUGGAGCAGCUGUUGUAGGAGAGAAGAUGUAUGUUUAUGGCGGAAAUCACAAUGGUCGUUAUCUUAGUGAUCUUCAGGUUCUAGAUUUGAGAGCUUGGACCUGGUCUAGAGUUGAGGUCAAGACUGGGGCUGAGAUGCCAGAAGUGCAAGCUUCCAUUCCAUCGAUCCCUUGUGCCGGUCAUACGUUGAUAACGUGGGAAAACAAGCUUCUCUCAGUUGCUGGACAUACGAAGGAUCGUUCUGAGACAAUCCAAGUGAGGGUUUUUGAUCCGCAAACAUCUACUUGGUCAAUCCUGAAGACAUAUGGAAAGUCACCGGUAUCACGUGGGGGUCAUACAGUCAACCUUGUUAGCUCCAGCUUAGUUAUCUUUGGUGGUCAAAAUGCAAACAGAACUCUCUUAAACGAUCUUCACAUUCUUGACUUGGAAACCAUGACGUGGGAUGACUUUGAUGCUGUGGGUGUGCCUCCUUCUCCAAGGUCUGAUCAUGCUGCUGCAGUACAUGCAGAACGUUAUCUCCUUAUUUUCGGUGGUGGUUCUCAUGCUGCUUGUUUCAAUGAUCUGCAUGUUCUUGAUUUGCAAGCUAUGGAAUGGUCGAGACCCAUCCAGCAAGGCGAUAUACCUACUCCACGUGCUGGACAUGCAGGUGUGACUGUCGGAGAAAAUUGGUUUAUUGUCGGAGGAGGUGAUAAUAAAAGUGGUGCCUCUGAGACUCUUGUCCUCAAUAUGUCGACACUUGUCUGGUCAGUUGUUACUUCAGUCAAAGGACGUGUUUCCCUUGCUAGUGAGGGCGUAAGUUUGGUUGUGGGCUCAUACAAUGGGGAAGAUAUUCUGGUUGCUUUUGGAGGUUAUAAUGGGCGUUACAACAAUGAGGUUCAUGUUCUCAGACCUAGCCACAAAUCAACUUUGCAGGCGAAGAUGAUAGGAACACCUGAACCUGACAAUGUCUCUGCUGUGCAUAAUGCCACAAAUGCCACUAGAGAUUUGGAAUCUGAAGCCGAUGCAGGGCCAGAUGGAAAAAUUAGGGAAAUCGUAGUGGACAAUAUUGACGGGGAGAAGAUUAGAAGCAAAGAGGGUGGAGAAGGUUUAAGAACUCUGAAGAAAGAAAAGGAAGAGCUGGAAUCUGAACUAAGUAGAGAAAGUUUACAGAAUCAACAGUUGAAGCAAGAGUUAGCAGAAGCUGAAAAUCGAAAUGCAGACCUUGUAAAGGAGCUCCAAUCCGUACGUGGUCAGCUUGCUGCAGAGCAGUCAAGGUGUUUUAAACUUGAGGUCGAUGUUGCCGAGUUACGGCAAAAGCUACAAACAAUGGAGCAAUUGGAAAAAGAACUAGAACUCCUGCGUAGACAGAAGGCGGCCUCUGAGCAAGCAGCCUUAAAUGCGAAGCAGAAGCAGGGUUCUGGUGGUGUAUGGGGUUGGCUUGCAGGGUCCCCCCCUCAAACAGAGAAUGAUGCCUGAUUCAGAGUAGAGAAUGUUGCUUUGUUUGUGAUUGAUUUUGUUUCUCAGUGAAAUUCAUUAUGUUUUGCUUUGUCUACCAGAUUUGAUUUUUUGGUCCGAGGAUAAUAAUCAAUUUUAUUUUUCCUAGUCCUAAUUUUAAGGCAUCAAAGGGGAAUACAAAUUGGAAAACCCUGUAUAAAAUAGUCAUGUAGUAUUUUCCGGCUCACCAUACUGCUUGUAUUUUCCCCCCCAGUUUUUACUUCCGGUAGUAUGUAAUUUUUAAAAAGGUGUAAAGACUACACUUAAAGAUUGAGAGGUAUAAAUUUUUGUUUAUGUUGGGAUC